UGUACCUACUUGCGCAUCGCAAAGCUCUAUGAUGGGCGAUCGGUGAACGCGCAACAGCACCACAUCGCAACGUUCUGGCCAUGGGAAAACGAACCGCAGACGAUCUCGAGGACGGAAACCAGGCCUAUCUCAAACGCCAGAAAAUUGGAAAUGUCGGCAAAGCUGGACAUACGCAUGCUGUAGGAAAUCUGGGCCCGCCGACUGAAAUACACUCUGGGAAACAGCUACGGCAGUUGCUAGCAUUUGACCAAGAUUCUACGCGAUCGAGGCAGGGUAUGGCACAAACAUGACCUUCGGCUUUGUUCUUACUAACAGAAAGUAUCAGGAAUACAAUCUUUCAAGGCAUUUCUCGAGAGUUUUGCCAGUUCUGAAAGCGACAAUGGGCGUCGGAUAGCAAUUCUUAGGGAGUACCUUGAUUCCUUCAAGCCAAAUGAGGAGGAAAAAACUGCGGCACAUGUCCCAGAUAUCAUGCAGACAUGGAGCUUUGCAGCGCAGUCCAAUACCGAGACUUUACUAUCUGCUGUUCCUGCCGUCCUUGCACUUCUACUGCGUACAAUGUCCAGUAUCCUCGAAUUCUCCGAUCAUGGUAUGCGAUUAUGUCGAACGAUCCUCCAGAAGAGCCAAUUGGAUUUGGUAGUUCGAGGAUUGACAGCAACAAAGGGGAAGGAAUUCGUCAUUUCUCCAGUUCUCCGUCUGCUUCGGGAAAUCACCACUUUCGACGGCGGAGCUAUGGCACGGCAAGUCUUCCGAAUGAGAGACUUCACCCUGAAAGGCUUAGGGCGCAAUCUAAAUCUCCGUUAUACUGGUGAUGGUCAGGAAGAUAUUCGAAAACCAUCCGUCAGAACGAAUUCCUUACGAUUCAUUUUGUCUUUAUUGAGAUUCUUGCCCACGGAUUCCAGGAAAGAGCUUCUAUACCAGCGCGACAUAGUAUCAGCAUUGAGCAAAGACAUAAAAGAUGACCAGCCAAUUAUGGUCCGGGAGAUUCUGGAAACGCUAAAAGUGCAUGUCCUACAGGAUGAAGCAAUACCACGAGAUGGCAAAACAAAAGUUGCCAAUACGACUUCGUUGAGCCGAAUCGCAAUGUUGUAUGGCUAUGACCAACCAGAGCAAGACCCAGAAACGAAAGGCAAACCUGUGGAUACAGUGGCGCAUGAAUUUCUGCUGCUGGCAUGCACUUCCAAUGAUUCAGGGAUCCUUAACCGUCAGACUGCUUUCUAUCCUCGUGGUGUCGAUCCGGAUGACUUGCACGACGUUGAUGCCGAUCAAGCCUUCCUUGACUUGGGCCUGGAUAGCAUUGAGUGGAUGGGCCAAUUUACCGAACAAGUUCCUGUACGAAACACCAUACUGUCCGAGUUCAUUCAGAAUUUACGGCCAUGGUCGAGCACAAAGCAAAGAGAGUUGAUAUUGGCUAUUUUUGCUGCUGCGCCUGAGCUAGUGGCAGAAUACUUUUUCAACAAGAAGACAUUUGCAUUUGAUCCAAAACUCACAGCAACAUGGAUUGGAUAUUCUACCUUUCUCUUCUCUUGUCUCCAGUUGCCCGUACCCAAUUACUUUGGCCACCAAGGAGGGUACGCGCAACUUCCACCUCCGCCUUCAAUAGUUUUGGAAUGUGUUCUUCCACAACCUCUGAGCCAGAAAGUGUUGAGAGGUUGUUUACGACAUCCUCAGAGCCUGAUCAAAUUCUUUGCCAUCAGAAUGCUCUGUAUUGCCUUUCGCAAAUUCAAACAAAUUAUGGCCAUGUAUCAAGAGGCAGCCAAUGGGACAUCAUCUUUGUGGAAAAAAGCUUCGGGUCAAUUGACUGAAGAAUUUUGCAAAAGAUGUCCUUCAAUCAAAGAUGUGAUUCAUGCCUUUCGAAAUAUGACCCCGGAAGAUAUGUUGCAAAGGGAAGCAGUCACUAAACUACUCGUUUUGUAUUAUGAAGUCGUCCCCAGCGUUGCUCUCGAUGCGAAAUUCGACGUAUCCGGGGCACUAGCCCAGGCACUUCGAGAUACCGAUGAUCCAUCCCUUAAACCCGAAGACCGUGGCCUGCGAGUAAUGGAAUUGGAAAAUCUCUUUCAAUUUGCUCAUUUCUCGCCCGGAAUGCGAUGGUUCACAAAAAUACAGGAGUUUCCAACAACACCGUUCAUGGCCAUGCUGAAACUCUCGGCUUCGGCUCCUGCUGAUAUCCCGUUGCUUGGACUAAAAUCGGUUCUUAGUUCCAUCAUAGAGGAAAACCAAAUUUUACAAAUGCAAACUGCUAUUCCUGCUAUGGACUCAUUCAUAUUGCGAUUACGAUCGCUUUCGGGCUCUGCAAAUGCCCCAGCCAUAUAUGCUUUCUUUGAUGAUUGCAUUUCUCGUUGUGCAGCAAAGCCAGUCAAAUAUCUAUUGGCACUCGAAGAAGCACACUCCAAAGUUCAUGAAUCCGCCGAGAAGCAGCAGCCUCUUAGUCUGUUGACUUUGGCUAUUGUGGAACAAUGGCCAUUUCUGCUUAAAGCAACCGACGAUUCAGUGCUGCCUGAUGUUGCCCAAUUUGUCGCAUCUUAUUUGGCGACCGGGAUUAAAAUCAAAGAGGACAAAAAGGUUAUCAAGACAGUCGCAGAAGAGCUUGCUUCUGGCAUCCCAAAGGAGUCAUCCGCUAGGAAGACCAUUGAACGUUCUCAUAAAUUGGUAGAUGACAUUGAGGUUCCUGAACCGGUAUCAAAAAGUCCAUCCAAGUCUGCUGGCGUUGCGAAAACCAACGGACCUUCCGAGGCGGAGAAAGAUGCAGUUACAGCAAAAAUGCUAGAAGAUUCUCCCGUCUCGACCGAGGAUCACGCAUCACUUGUGAGAUGGGUUUCAAAGGAAGUGGACGAAGCAGUUGAAGGGGGGCAUUUGGCAUCACUGAUAAUGCUUCUAUCAUCUGAGCAUCUGAGCGUGCGUAUGGAAGCAGCAACAAAUACAUCCAAGUUUGCGGCCAAGCUCAAGGCUUCUACUUUUGAAGAGAAAGAGCAGAUAUGGCUUCUACUUUGCGAAGUUGUGGAGACGGCCAAGAAAACAAUCAGUCAACAACCUUUAGCAACUGUGGUAUCAGCUUUCGCUUCUCGCGCGAUCAACGUUCUCAACGACCCGCUGCACUGUCUUUAUCCAAAGAUCAACAAAUUUCUUUCGCAGGGUCCUACGUGGGAAUUAGAUAAAGUUCCUUUGAUGUACAAAAUCCUCGAUGAAUCGCCAAGUUUGGACGAUGCAUAUUAUCAGGAAGCAAGCUGGCUUCUCACUGGAAUGCUUGCUGGUCUUCGAACGGAAUCAGAUAUGGCAAUUUAUCGUAAGCGUCGUGUCUUUGAAAAGCUCUUCAGUCUUUGGAACAGCGCCUAUCUCGCCCCGGGUUUGCGCGACAAGAUACUGCGUAUACUUUUCAGAGCGACCACAAUCGAAGGAGGCAGCACCACACUUAUCACAAGGUUUAGUACCAUGACCUGGCUCCAAGCGCAAGUUGCGUUGGGCUCGGGUAUGUCGCUCAAGGUGUUGAUGGAGAAGAUCUUGGAGUCAUCGGACAAAAAGCGGGUUGGGAAAUGGGCGAAUGGUAUUGAUAUUGUCAAGGCGGAUACUUUGAAGUUUUAGAUUUUUGU